UAGUUUGUCCCUCAGCGCUUUCCAUCGCAGGCUCGCCCAGCUCUCUAAACAAACAGGGCCGGGCUGAGACCACCACCUUCCGCACACCGCACCGUGUGUGAAAACUGCGAGAGCUGCGUUACUGACAGAUGAAGUUCUUACACUCUGGAAUAAGUUUAUCAAGACUCGGUUUCAGAGUUAAACAUUACAGCCCGCGCUGUAGUCGAGAAUAGGGCUGAGUUACUGAGUUGUGGAAGUGUCGAAAGAAAGAAGCUCGCCGGCUGAAGUUUCUGUUCUCCAAGUGAGGAUUCAACUCAAGGAAGAGUCUGCAGUGAGGCAGUGAAUGGCUCUGAGAGACACAGCUGUCUGCUGGAGAUUUGGCCAAAGUGAGGGCCGCUGUGAAAGAAAUGAAGGCCAGGAGUCUCUGAUGAUGGCAGUGGACCAGGCGCACUGAUGGAAGGACAGAAGAGCUCUGAAGAGGAGGAAGGCUCCCAUGAGAGGGGGGUGCUCCACAGGUGGCAGGGUUACUCUUGUAGUGUUAACCCAGAGAAGGUGCUCCUGCCAAGGGCUGUGCUUCAAGCUGGCUUGGGGAUCAGCCAUGGAGUUCUACUUACUGAGGGUGGGCUUGUCUACAGCUUUGGAGAACAGCCGUGGAAGCGAGACCUGAGAUGCCAGGCAGUGGACCCUAUCCUAGAGAGCUCAUUGAGUGGCCAGCAUGUGGUCCAGGUGUCUGCAGGCAGCUUUCACUGUGGGGCUGUUACAUUGGAUGGGGGGGUUCACAUGUGGGGUGAGAACUCCCAUGGUCAGUGUGGCAUCUCUGGUUUGAGCUUAGUGCCUAAUCCCACUCGUGUCAACAUUGUGGACGAUGAAACUGUCCCUCCUGAAAUUGUCUGGAUCCUAGAUGUAGCAUGUGGGGCCCAGCAUACCUUAGCCCUGUCAGGGAAACAUGAGGUAUGGGCUUGGGGUUUCGGCUGCCAACUGGGCCUGGUCACCAAUGUGUUCCCUGUGUACAAACCGCAAAAAGUAGAGCACCUAUCAGGGAGAUACGUGGUGCAGAUUGCCUGUGGUGGGUUUCACAGCCUGGCUUUGGUUCGCUCAUUACCCCCUACAGAAUCAUGUCACCAGUCCAUGGAUAAAUGUGGCCAAUGCAAGCAGCUGCUUUACACCAUGAUUGAUAAGGAUGACCAUGUUAUUAUUUCUGACAACCAUUACUGCCCACUAGGGGUGGAACUAACUAACACAAAGCAGGAUCAAAAAUCAAUGCAGGGAUCUCCAGAUCUGACGCCAAAAACAGAACUCUCAGAACCUGACCUUGGGUUCUCUGAAGAUUUCGGUCCUAAUCAGAAAGCUUUAGGUGAAACCUACCAAGAUGACACAGAGCCUAAGAAGGAAGAAGAACAUGAUGAACCGUUAGCUCUGUCUUUGACUGAUAGCUCAAAAGCUCCACUGCAACACCUCUCAAGACAAAGAACCAAAAGUUCCCCUUAUCCUGAUGAACAAGCUCUGAAAGACUACCUCAAGAGGAUGUCUGAUCAGUCCAUCUCUGAGCAUUUUGAGUCUGUAUCUAUGGCAGGUUCAUGUCCUCCAAGCCGUCAGUCAUCGCUCAAGGACCCUUAUAGACUGGACCAAAGCGACAAAGCCACAUUUCCUUCCUUAGCUACACUUGACAUAAACAAUGGUAUUGAGCUCAAACCUUCAGAUUUUGCACCAGUGGCUUCUCAAGACAGUACACCAAACUCUAUUUUAAGCAGGCCAAUUGGAGAUUGUGCAUUACCAAUGGGGGAUUCUGUCUGCGAUGACUCAUCUGAAGACUCUGUCAUUAAUACAGUUGUCAGUCCUACUGACCCUUUAACUAGCAAUGACAGUGAGGAGGUCUGUGACAGUGGCUUGUUGACUGCAGGAAAUAAUCUGUGUACAGACGAGUCUCUGGAGGCCAAGAACAGUGCCAGCCUUACUGACAUCCGGCUUGAUUUCACAGAGGGACACAAUCGCAGAAGAUCAUUACCUGCUUUGCUCACACAAGCACCUCCAUCAGUAAUUCAUCGGAGCAAACGUUCCAAAAGCGGAGCCAAUGCAACCUCAGACAUUUCAGAAAAAGAGAAUCUCCUCCCAUCUCUAUUUACAGAGGUGUGGAGUUGGGGUAGGGGUCAAGAAGGUCAGCUUGGUCAUGGAGACUUCUUGCCCAGGUUACAGCCUUUCUGCAUCAAAAGCUUAAGCAACAAGGAAGUUGUCAAGAUUGUUGCUGGAUCAAACCAUUCCUUGGCCCUGACAGCUCAGUGUCAGGUUUACUCUUGGGGGAGCAAUAAAUUUGGUCAGCUGGGUCAUAUGAACUCCCCUAGCACUGUGCCUCACUUCGUAAAGAUGUCUGAAGGUAUUCGUGUGUGGGAUGUAGCUGGUGGACAGACCCACACUGUACUGUUAGCUGAUGGUGAUUGCUUCCAGCCUAUACUGUACUACAGUGGAGAGCAAGUGCUGGUGCAGGAUGACUCUAACACCGGAACAUACACUCAGACACCUGCCCUGCUGCCCUUCUGCAUGAAUAUUGGCUAUGUGAGCAGUGUUUUUGCUGGAGGGCUAGACUGCAUGGCUCUGGCUGAUCAGAAUGUGAUGGGUUUCAUUGCCACUUUGCAUGAACUGGCAUCAGCAGAGAGAAAGUUCUACUGCACACUGAGCAGAGUAAAGAGCCAGAUACUGCGGCCCCUACUGGCCCGGGAGAGUCUCAAAUCAUAUCUGGGCCAAACCUCCAUGCAUCUGUUCCAGACUGUGGCAGGGUGUUUUAGUCGUCUGUGCCAUCUAACAGGGCAGCACGCCACCUCUCUCACCAACUUCCUACAGCACAGCAGAGACAUUAAAACUCUGGCCAUUUUGAGAAAGGCAGACAUUUUCUUAGAAACGUAUAAGAGUUACAGCGGUCCUGUAGGGAACUUCUUUGUAAUGGGAGGAUUCCAGUUGCUGGUGAAGCCCUCCCAAGAAUGUUUAGGGAAGAAGCUGGAUCUGGUCCAGAAACUGAUUGAGCCAAAAGAGAAAAAUGUCUCACCAAAUGAUUUGCUACUGAAUCUGUUUUACAUGCCGCUGCAACACCUGCAUGAUUAUGGCAGACUCCUUCUGAAGCUGGCUGCUUGCUUUGAUGUGACUUCUUUGGAAUAUCAAAGGAUUCAAGAUGUCUUCCUGCAGUAUGAGGCCUUGGCACAUCUCCUAAGCAGACAGAGGAAAGAGGCAGAAACUACACAUGUAUUUUGGAAGAAUUUCUCUGGAAAGAGCUUGGAAUCCCUGCGGAAGCCAUCUCGCCGACUGGUGUGUGAGAGUGGUAAUAAAGGUUUGACUCUGCAGAACGCAGGAAGAUUUUCAGUCAACUGGUUCAUCCUCUUUAAUGAUGCACUUGUUCAUGCACAGGGUACCAUUCCAUCUAAGAAAUUUUUCUCCUCUCACUUUGUCUAUUCGCUGGCCACGCUCUGGGUAGAACCCAUCUCAGAUGAAAAUAUUGGCUUGUUGGGACUGAAGCUGACGACCCCUGAAGAGAGCUUCACAGUGCUGGCAUCUUCCCCGCUGGAGAAAGGUAAGUGGCUGAAGGCCAUAAACCAGGCUGUGGACAAUGUGCUGGGUGUGGGUCUGGAUAGGAGGGGCCUUAAUUUGAGUGGCAGUCAGAGGGUGGAGCCUCCUGUCUCCCGCACUGCUACUUAUACCUUCAGAAAAGAAGGCAGACUCAAAGAUGCCAUGUACAGUGGCCGCUGGCUGUCCGGAAAACCUCAUGGCAAAGGGACGCUGAAGUGGCCAGAUGGCAGAGUUUACUGUGGUACAUUCAAGAAUGGUCUGGAGGAUGGGUUCGGGGAUUAUAUGAUGCCCAAUAAGACCUUCAAUAAGUAUGAUCGAUACAAGGGCCACUGGAAGGAGGGCAAAAUGCAUGGCUUUGGAACAUACUGGUAUGCCACAGGUGAAGUGUAUGAGGGCUCAUUCCGGGAGAACCAACGUCAUGGCCAUGGCAUGCUGAGCAGUGGCCGACUGGCCUCCCCGUCAUCCAGCAGUGUGUUUGUCGGCCACUGGCUCCAUGACAAGAAAAAUGGCUAUGGCGUCUUUGAUGACAUCACCAAGGGAGAAAAGUACAUGGGUAUGUGGCUGGAGGAUCUUCGACAGGGGAAUGGUGUUGUUGUUACUCAGUUUGGGCUCUAUUAUGAAGGAGCUUUUAGUAAUAACAAGAUGAUGGGCAAUGGGCUUUUGCUCUGUGAAGACGACACUGCCUUUGAAGGAGAGUUUUCAGAGGACUGGGUGCUGAAUGGAAAGGGUGUCCUAUCUAUGCCUAAUGGAGACUCUUUUGACGGCAUCUUUGUGGGCGAAUGGGGCUCUGAACUGAAGGUAGCUGGCACUUUUAUAAAGCCAUGUCUUUAUGAGACUGAGAAGAAGGAGAGUAAGCCACUAGUGCUUGGUCAUUAUGUAGUUCCUGCAGAUCAGAAGUGGAGGGCUGUGUUUGAGGAAUGCUGGAGCCGGCUAGGCUGUGAAGCUCCAGGACAGGGAGAGAAUGAGAGAGCCUGGGAGAACAUCGCAGUCAUCCUAACAACCAGCUGCAGACAGCAGAGAGACGUUGUGUUCAGUCCAGGAACUAUGAGCCGCUCACAGUGUAAGAUGCUGGAGAGUCUGGAGGUCAUUCCUCAGCACAUGGGACCUGUUACUGCUGAAGUCUAUGACAGCAUCCGCCGCUACCUCAUCAAGGCAUGUGAUACUCCUCUGCAUCCUCUGGGCUGGCUGCUGGAGACUCUGGUCACUGUGUACAGAAUGACAUAUGUGGGUGUGGGCUCAAACAGGAGGCUUUUACAGCAGGCAGUGGAGGAGAUCCAGUCCUACCUGAAACGCAUAUUCGAACUGGUUAGGUUUCUGUUUCCUGGUCUGCCUGAAGAGGGGGGUUUCAUCCCUGAGUCCUCAGAGAGGAGCGCCAGUGACUCCCUGUGUAGCAGCACCAACUCUGACACAGUCCAGCAAGGCUGGAUUGUGAGUAGCUCCAGUCUCCUGCUGCCAAUUUUGUUACCUCGUCUUUAUCCCCCUCUCUUCAUGCUGUACACGCUGGAGCGUGAGAGAGAAGAGCAGGUGUACUGGGAAUGUGUGUUACGCCUCAACAAGCAGCCUGACUUGUCGCUGCUCACCUUCCUGGGAGUGCCUGAAAAAUUCUGGCCUGUCUCAAUCUCUGUUCUGGGAGGGAAUAAAGAGGUGCUGCCUAGCACUAAAGAUGCUUGUUUUUCUACUGCUGUGGAGACCCUGCAACAGAUCAGUACAACAUUCACUCCUGCAGAUAAGCUUCAGGUGAUUCAUUUGACAUUUGAGGAAGUCACACAGGAAGUGCAGGCCUUACUAGGUCAGGACUUUUUGUGGUGCAUGGAUGACCUCUUCCCAAUCUUCCUCUAUAUAGUUCUCCGCGCACGGAUCAGAAACCUGGGCUCUGAAGUGAGCCUCAUAGAGGACUUGAUGGAUCCUGCUCUACAGCAUGGAGAACUUGGACUGAUGUUCACUACUCUCAAAGCGUGCUACUACCAGAUUCAGAAUGAAAAGACUACAAGCUUCUAGAAAUGCAGAUGUAUUCGUGUGAAGUGAUGUCUGGCAUCAGGUCUUUACCUUAGCGCUUAGUUUCGAAUGCAGUGGGUUCCACAGUAUGGUCAGCCCAGGAGGAAGUUAUCCUUGUGGUCAAAUGCACUGGAAAUAGUCUAAAAAGACAAAGUGAGAGAAAACCCAACAAUGACAGUCCUGAAGAGGAUGAUUUCCCCACAGUAUUCACACAGAAGUCUAAUUUGUGAACUCUUUUGAUUUUAUUUGCUGCUUUUUAGACAUGGACAUUUUAUGGUGAGCUGCUUUGAAGAGUCUACAGGUUGUUACUGGACUGAAAAGGGAUUUGUAUACUAGCACUGAGUAGAAUUCACAUUUUCCCACAGUGCUCAGUGUGGUGUUAGAGCAUAGAUAUAAAUGAUCUUCAGUGGUUUUAACUGAUUUGUUACAUUCAUAGCCAACUGCACUCUAGAUGGUUACUUGCCUUGUGCACACUUCACACUCUUUGCUGUUACUACAUACAACGGCUUCUGCCCCACUAUGAGCAAGCAGUUUGCUUAGGUCGGGAGUAUCAAGUCUUAUCUGCAAAGGGCCACUUCAGGUUCUCCUUCCGAACAAGCAGGAGCACACCUGAUUCCAUUUGUUCAACUAGGUCAGGGGUGUCCAAUCUUAUCCACAGAGGGCUGGUGUGGCUGCAGGUUUUCACUCCAACAAAGCAGGAGGUCACCUGAUGAAAAGUCUGAAGACUAAGACCAACAGAUUAAACAAGUAGAAUCAGGUGUUCUUCAGCUUGUUUGGAGUGAAAACCUGCAGCCACACCGGCCCUUUGCGGAUAAGAUCGGACACACUUGAUUUAGGUGGUCUUCAGCAGUAGAUCGGUGUGCUCCUGCUUUCUUGGAAUGAAAACCUGCAGCCAUACCAGCCCUUUGAGGUCAACCCUCAAUCGUCAUAAGAAGUCUUUAGUGGCGCUCUAACAUAAUUAGCAUUUUCCAUAAACAUGAAAACAUGAAAAGAGGACGUUUAUAACAAUUGUUAGAUCAUACUGUAUUUUUAUAGCACACAAACACUGGAAUUUUUUGGAACGUAUUUAUUAGAGAAAUAUGUUGUUUAAUUGGCUGAGAAGACAGAUGUACUGAAUGUAUCAUGAGGAAAUAACAACUACUGAACAUUUGGAUAUAGUAUACCUAGGCCAUCUGCAGAAUUCUGCUUUAUGUAACUAUUGGAAGAGCUUACCUGUUUUAUUUUUUUAAAUGUUUUUAUAAAUGCUGAAUUUUUUAAUUUUCUUUCGAACAAAUAGUGCCUGUCACAUGGCUGAGAGGUUGAUCUUUCUACUUUUAGGCACUGCCAAGAUUUGCCAACGUAAAAUCAAUAUAUUUAUUCAUAGUAUUAAGACUCUAGAAGACACAAAUUGCGGGAAAAGCCUAAUGUGGAGUGGGUGAUUAGCAUAGUACUGUGUUUAAGUGUAUGUACAUGUCUUUGAUUGUGUUUGUAUAUAUUUUUGUGUGUUUGAGUGCACGUGCACAUGUAUGUAUCAUCACUGUCAGAACAAAACCUUGAAUCUACAAAAUAGUAACUUUAACAUUUAACGGAAAACAUUAACAUUCAGCGUUUAAAGAUUUUAUUCUAAGUAAUUUUGGAUCUUUUGUUUUGGUCCUUUCUUCAUAAAAUCAUAACCGCUGGUGUUUUCAGGUGGUUAGAAGAUUGAAAAAAUACAAAAAUUGAGUUAUAAGGUUUUGUUCAGACAUCUAUAUGUUACACUGCAUCUGUGUUUGUAAGCUUUCCCUUCUGAAAGUAUUGGGAGGUUUGUCCUAAGCACAGCCAAUAUUAUAACAAAACACAGAUUAUAGUUUAAAAUAUUUUAAUAUUUCUGCAUAUUUUGCUGUAUAUACAAAUUAAUUGCUACUCAGAUUAAGCACAGAUUAAGCAGGUCUUCAAAUAAAUUGGCAAAUCUCCAUGGAAAUCCUAGCAAUCUGUAUCUGGAACUUUGUAACAGUACAAAUAAUACAACACUGCUGUUACAUACAGACAUUAUACAUUUAAUAAGGCACCUCUCUUUAUCACACUAAGCUGCUUAAAGUGUUUUGUGAUUUCACUGGAAUUUGUUCAUUAACCUGUAAUAGUGCUAUUAACUCUCCCCUUACUUCUUGUAUGUCAUGACUUGUAUCAUGCAUUUUGCCGUCUUAAGGGUUAAUAGCACUCAGGACCUUCUUCUGUACUGCAUAAAUUCAUACAAAUAAUAUAUGUAAAACCAUCAAAGAGAGGACCAUACCUUAUUUCUCCUGUAAAGAGUGGCCAAUGCUUUGGGAGGCUCUGGUGACAAACAUCAAAUAACAUAAUGGCUAAUAUAAUAGUGGUGGUGAUAAUGAGCUGUUUAUUAUUAUAACUGAACUGAGUUCUAUGAGAAAAUUGCUGCAACAUGCUGAAUCCAUUUUCAGUAAAAGGAUUAAGAUUUUUGAAUUCACUGAAUUAAUAUAUGAAGUGACAAAUAAAUCCUUUUAACAAAA